AUGCGUGAAGGAGAGGAAGAGAGUUCUUUUUGUUGUGUGAAACCAGUGAAAGUGCGUCUGAAAAUCCGAAGCAUCAUGGCUCUGGCACUUCGUUUGACGCAGAGACUUGCGACUACAAGACUCGGUGUUGUGAGGAUGAUGUCAGGAGAAUACGGUUCCGGUGCUGGUAAAGGUGGAGGCGGAGGAGGUUCUAUUCGUGAUGCCGGAGGUUCAUUCGGCAAAAUG